UACAAUACUCAACCCCUCUUCUUCCAUUCUCGCCCUUUUUUCUCACACACUUAAAAACACUCGAUCCUAAUUUUCUACACACAUUUAUAAUAUAGUACAAUACUUUUUGUUCGAAAUCCAACCUUAGAUCUUGUCCAAAAUGACAGACAGAGUUCACCCAUCAAGCAAGCCAAAUGGGAAAGGCAAUGCCACCGCCACACCCGCCGUGGCAACCACCAAUCCACCACUCAAAUUCCCUCCUGCAUCCAAAACUCACCUCCACAACCCUCCGUACCGCCCCACUCCCACUUCUCUCCACCGACACAACCGCCGCCGCUUCACCUGCCGCCGAUGCUGCUGUCUCACCUGCUUCUGGUCCAUUCUCCUCCUCAUCGCAAUCCUCCUUCUAGCCGCCAUUUGCUGCGCCGCCUUCUACGCCCUCUAUCAUCCCCAACGCCCCGAGUUCUCUGUCAGCUCCCUGAAAAUAACUCGGUUCAAUCUCACCACCAAUGCUGCCGAUGGCACCACUUACCUGACAACAAAAUUCAACCUCACGAUCUCCUCCAAGAACCCCAAUAAAAAAAUCAUCUACACCUACAAUCCCAUUUCGAUCGCAGUAUUUUCCAACCAAGUAAAUUUAUCAAUUGGCUCCUUCACGAAUUUCACCAGUUUACCAAACAACAUCUUCAUAAUUCACACCUCUACCGGAUUAUCAUCCCAGGUUCUUGACGUUGAUUCUGUAAAUUCUAUAAAAUCACAUCUGAAGAAGAAAAAAGGGCUGCCGAUGAAGAUUUUAAUGGACACUAUUUUGGAAGUGAAAAUGGAAAAGUUGAAGAUGAAAAAUAUUGGGAUUCGAGUCAUUUGUGAGAGGAUUCAUGGGCAUGUGCCAAAGGGGAAAAAUUCAGCAGUUGCCAACACCUCUAAAGCAAAGUGUAAGGUUGAUCUGCGAAUCAAGAUCUUGAAAUGGAGUUUUUAAUUUUUCGCUAAUUUAAUAAUUAAUUAUCACUUCUACAUGUUUUGUUUUCUAUUGUCAUUAUAGUACUCGUAAAUUUUCUGAGCAAGAAUUGAGAGAAAAUGAGGUAUCUUUUAGUAUAAUUGAGAGGUGAUGAGCUAUACUUUUUUUGGUUUUAUAU